GGCGCAAGCUUGCUUUAAUGUGGCUUUAAUAGGCUCGUAGAGGAGUUCGUUGUGAUGAUGUGCGUCUUCAUGUAGGCAUGGGGUUUGGUCCUUGAACUCAGCGACCGCUGCUCAAGAAACUGUGGGCCAGCGAUGCGGCGCCCCAUUCUGUUGAGAAAGAUGGGGCUCCACUUGGAUCGCUGGAGGAACGCCUAUCCCUUUGUGGUUGUGCUCUGCGUUUUCCUUUUGACUUUGAGUUUCCUGAUAGCUGUGAAGGGCCAGGAAGCAAGUCCGGAUGUGGAUGAUGGGUUGCCAAGAGAAGAGGCUUUGGCGUUGGCUGUGACAAGACCGGAGAGCACCCUCCUAGUUGCCGUCCUCGAUGGUUCACUCCACGCCCUUGACGCCGACACGGGCGAGCUUAAGUGGUCCUUCUCUAGUGGACCGCCCCUGGUGUCAGCUUCACGGAGGCACAAUGCAGUGCAGCGUGCGGAUGAGGACAGGCUGGGAGAGCCGGCGGAGAGCGAGAAGGUGGAGGAAGAAGAGGAGGGGAUGGUGUUUCCAGGGGCGGACGGCGCUCUGUAUGCGUACAGGCGGGGCCACGGAGUGCAGAAGCUGCCCAUCACCGCGCGAGAACUGGUCCAGGCGUCCCCCUCCAUGACGCAUGACGGGGGCAUCGUGGUCGGCGCACGGCAGUCCACCGUCUUCAUGGUCGACGCCGCCUCCGGGAAGCUGCUCAAGAAGUUUGACGCCAGCACCGGGACGUUUGAGGCCGUCGAUGGAGGCGAUCUGACGGCUCCGGAUGAUUUGAAAGUGGGGGAGGUGGACGAGUGCAUUUACGUGGGGGAGCAGGAGGAGCUCGAGCAGCCGGACCAUGCAGACAGGGCGGCCGAGGUGGCGGCGGAGGGGCCGUCCGGCAUGAGCUGCCAGCACCGCCCCCUCUUCGUCGUGCGCACCGACUACAACGUCAAGUCCAUGGACGCCGUCUCCGGCCUCGAGCGCUGGAACCUGAGCAUGGGCGAACUGUCGACGCUCUACAACCCGGCUGCCUGGCGUUUCCCGACCGGCAGCCUGCCCCCCCCGGUCGUAAAAGACGAGCCUCACAUACAGACGUCCACUGGUCGGGGGAGCAAAGUUUCUGACCCGAGCGUCGGGGCGGGGGCGGUCAAGGAGCUGCCGGAGGGGCGGGGGAUGAACCUGGAAGGUGGCCAGGACAAUUCGCUUAGAAGACUCGACUCGACUGCCGAGGGCGAGCAAUGGCGGGUCGUCUUCCCGGCCCCCCCGGUCGCCGUUUUCAGUCCCACCGGGGAGCUCCUUCAGGAGCUCGUCCCCAGCCGAAGAGGCCCUGCUGACAGGAGCCCGGGUUGGGGUAGACUCACUGGAAAAGCCAUGGCAGUGAGAGACAACCCAAAUACAGGGCCUCUCCAGUUGCCUGCGCCGAUCGUCGUCCAAGAGGAGCGAAAAGCGGAGGGAGUGCCCGGGGAUUGUAACCCGGGGGAUUGGUGGUGCUCUUCUCCGGUUUCUUCUUUCAACUCCGGAGGGGGAGGGGAGAGGGGCGGCGAGGUCGGUCGGAAACGGGAACCGGGUUGGUUAGGCGCGGUUACGAGUGCGGUUUCGUACGUGUUAGUGGUGGUCGUCGUAGGGUUGGGGAGCUGGUACGGGCGCUCGGCGUAUGGGUUGUGGCUCGAGCGGAAGGGUAAGAACGAGAAUGGGGGGGUGGUUUCGGAGGCGAAGAAGACCCCCAAGAAGAAGAAGGCGCGGAAGAAUCCUUCUGGGGGGAACGAUGCGGCUGCAAACGGGACGCACUCGGGGGAGGGAAAGGAGCUAACUAUUAGCGCACGGAAGGAGGGGGGAGGGUUAACGGAUGGGUUAAGGGUGGGUCGGUUGAAAGUUAGCAGCAAAAUUAUAGGUUACGGAAGUCACGGGACGCUUGUUUUGGAAGGCGAGCUGGAGGGGCGCCAGGUCGCGGUCAAGCGGCUGCUGGGGCAGUUCUACGAGAAGGCCACGAAAGAGAUUGCCAACCUAGUUAUCUCGGACGAGCACCCGAACGUCGUCCGGUGCUACGCGAUGGAAGAAGACGGCGACUUUGUGUACGUCGCCCUCGAGCGGUGCAAGCUCAGCGUGUUUGAUCUGAUCCAGGGGGACGAAACGCCUGCCAGCGGCGACCCCCCGGCGAGCCGAGCACCUCCGGGGGGGUGCGAAAUGGCAGGGCCCGGAGGGGGGCGAAAGGGGAGGAGUGGGUCCUUUGGGACGAACGGGAUCGCCCCACGGAAACGCUGCAGCGGCUGUUGA